AUGUUUUGCUUUAUUUUUGGUAAUUUCACCUAAAAUUAACAAUUUCCUAAAAUGUUCAAAAAAAAAAAAAAAACUCUAUGGGUCACAAAUCUCAAAUAAGAAAACAUGGGGGGUUAAAAGUGAAAAACUAAAAAGAUUAUCGUUUCCCCGAAAAAUUGGGAUAAAAAGAAGCAACACCGAUCACAACGUCUCUCUAUAUCUCCUUCAGAUCCACUCACUCUCUCUCUUUUAUCUCCGGCGAAAAUUUUCCGAUCACCGACAAAAAAAAAUGGUUGCAGACGCAAACGGAUCAUCAACCUCCUUCAACUUCCUAAUCUACGGUCGAACCGGAUGGAUCGGUGGUUUACUCGGUAAACUCUGCGAAUCUCAAGGAAUCUCUUACACUUACGGCUCCGGUCGUCUUCAAGAUCGUCAAUCAAUCAUCGCCGACAUCGAAUCUGUGAAACCUAGCCACGUGUUCAACGCCGCUGGAGUCACCGGUCGUCCUAAUGUUGAUUGGUGCGAAUCUCACAAAGUUGAGACUAUUCGUACUAAUGUCGCCGGAACCCUAACUCUCGCCGACAUUUGCAGAGAGAAAGGACUUGUUCUGAUCAAUUACGCUACUGGUUGUAUAUUUGAGUAUGAUUCGGGUCAUCCUCUCGGGUCGGGUAUUGGAUUCAAGGAGGAGGAUACUCCUAAUUUCACCGGAUCUUUCUACUCUAAAACCAAAGCUAUGGUGGAGGAGCUGCUCAAGAACUAUGAAAAUGUAUGCACGCUAAGAGUGCGAAUGCCGAUUUCUUCGGAUCUAACAAACCCGAGAAACUUCAUCACGAAGAUUGCUCGGUAUGAGAAAGUUGUGGAUAUCCCAAACUCGAUGACUAUUCUCGAUGAGCUUCUCCCGAUAUCAAUCGAAAUGGCAAAGAGGAACUUAACCGGGAUCUACAAUUUCACUAACCCGGGGGUUGUGAGCCAUAACGAGAUCUUGGAGAUGUACAGAGACUACAUUGACCCGAGUUUUACUUGGAAGAACUUCACAUUGGAGGAACAAGCUAAAGUGAUUGUGGCUCCAAGGAGUAACAAUGAGCUCGAUGCGACUAAGUUGAAGACUGAGUUCCCUGAGUUGAUGUCUAUCAAAGAGUCUCUGAUCAAGUUCGUGUUUGAGCCGAACAAGAAGACUGAAGUUAAAGCUUGAAAUGCUGAAAAAGUUUUUGUAAGCUUUUUUUUAUCUGAACACAUGAGGUGAGAAUAAAUUUCUUAUAAAAAA